CGCUUGAAUGCGACACAUCCUGAGCGCAGCCCAGUCUUGAUCGGCGUGUGCGAAGUAGGUACAGCAGAUCUUCGCUUUGUUACCUAAUCGGUUUUUUUUUUACUCGUUUUUUGACGACGGUCGAGGACGAAGGAAACCAAGAAUAAAAUCUUGAAGCUGUAAAGUGUCUACAUGGCCGUCAGAAGAGGACACAUAAGGUAUUUAAAAGUUUGUGAGGUUCAGAACCAGGGUAAUGACAGAGACUCACACAAGGGUGCCAGCUCAGUAAAGCAGGAAGUAUACGAUAUGCCGAACGGUUACGAGGACCACAUGGGUGAUGAGCCUAGUGAUGCCAAAACCAACCUGAUUGUCAACUACCUGCCCCAGAACAUGAGUCAGGAGGAGCUCCGGAGUCUCUUCAGCAGCAUUGGCGAGGUUGAGUCGGCCAAACUCAUAAGAGACAAGAUGGCAGGCCACAGUUUAGGGUACGGAUUUGUUAACUAUGUUAACCCUAGUGAUGCAGAAAGGGCAAUCAAUACACUCAAUGGCCUGAGACUACAGUCUAAAACUAUCAAGGUCUCGUAUGCCCGGCCAAGCUCUGACAGCAUCAAAGAUGCCAACCUUUACAUCAGCGGUUUACCCAAGACCAUGACACAGAAGGAUGUAGAGGACAUGUUUACCCAGUAUGGUCGUAUAAUAAACUCGCGUGUAUUGGUCGAUCAGGCCUCAGGUCUGUCACGUGGCGUUGCAUUCAUUCGUUUUGAUAAGAGGUCUGAAGCGGAGGAAGCCAUCAAAGAUCUUAAUGGAUCCAAACCAGUUGGUGCCUCUGAACCAAUCACAGUGAAGUUUGCUGCCAAUCCAAACCAGACCAAGAAUUCCCAGCUGCUCUCUCAGCUCUACAACACUCAGUCCCGUCGGUUUGGAGGGCCUGUUCACCACCAGGCACAGCGCUUCAGGUUUUCACCCAUGAGUGUUGACCAUAUGAGCGGUGUCUCUGGUAUGAAUGUGGCAGGAAGUUCUUCCUCUGGAUGGUGUAUCUUUAUCUAUAAUUUGGGUCAAGAUGCAGACGAAGGCAUCCUGUGGCAAAUGUUUGGUCCGUUCGGUGCUGUUACCAACGUCAAGGUCAUCCGUGACUUUAACACCAACAAAUGCAAAGGGUUUGGUUUUGUUACCAUGACAAAUUACGAGGAGGCAGCAAUGGCCAUUGCCAGCCUGAAUGGAUACCGCUUGGGAGACAAAGUUCUACAAGUGUCAUUCAAAUCCAGCAAGUCUCACAAGUAAAGGGACUUUAUUUUUGUCAUGAGAAUUUGAAAGUUAAUUGAGGUUUCUUCUAAAGGUUUCAGUUAUUGUUGACUCUCUACAUAAGCAUACUCAUACAUCCAUGUUUGGGGUGAAAUACAUUUGUGCUAGUGUUUUACUAUGGGGUUAAGCAAAAGCUAGAAAUUUGCAAAAGUGAUUUGUCCCUGAUGACUGGCAUUUGUGAAACCCUGGACACACAUUUGAGGAUCCUUUUUUUUUUUUUUUUUUUUUUUUUUUUUUUUUUUGCACACUUUUGGGAUGCCUUAAAGAUGUCAUGGCAUUGUUGCUCUUCUAACCCCCUUUCGCUGAAUCACAAUGGACUUGUUGGUCCUAUUUUCUUUAUUUUUUUGUCAGUAUGAACUAUACAUCCUCACCUCGUCUAGGCCUUUGUAAAUAGUAACUAGGCCACAUCUUCAGUGCUUCAGCUCACCUACUGUAAGGUAAAAGAACAUGGGAAGGACCAAAGAACUUGGAGUGAAAAGCAUAUGCCUUUAAGUGUUUUAGUUUUCCUGUUGGGAGGUUAAAAAUUCAAAUGGCAAGUAUUGUCAUCUUGUUUUUUUUUUUUUUUUUUUUUAAUAAUCGCAAGUUAUUUGGUUUCAUAUUAAAAUUUUUGCAUUUAACAGCACAUUACUGUUCUUGUUUUUUUUUUUUUUUUUAUAUUUGGAAGGUGGUUCAGGAGCAUUUUAAAAAUUUGGUUUUACGUGUUUUUUUUUUUUGUUUUUGUUUUUUUAAACCAUUAUAUUUACUCCCCACUCUGUAAGGUCUGGGAAGUUUCUGGAUAAAUGGAUUGAAACUGGUAGGAGCGGAGUUGUUAGGCACAUGGCUGCAGGCUAAUAUAGAUUUUGGUUAGAUCAAUGUUCACUUACACAUUUGCUUGCAGAAUUAAAAUGAAUCCAUUUUAGUGUAGUGUUUUACUCUGUACUUAGUCAAUCUGUAAAUGCAGCUUUGUACAUUUUAAUGUGAAAUUUGGAUCUGCUUUGAGACCUUGUCAAGUAAAGGCCACACAAAGGUGAAUAAUUGUAUUUAAUUGUUCUCUAGAUAUCAGUACUAGUAUACAUCCUGUUGCAGACCAGCACUAUAUUUGUGUGCAUGUUCAUUUAUGACAAUGUUUGACAACAGUAAUUCUACAUGUCAUGCUUUGGGUCUUUAUUGAUGAUGUGACUUAAAGUCCUGUAGCAUGAUGAUCCAUGUAUAUCAUUUGAAUAAAUACCAUUGUUUUGUCAUAA